AGAAGUCUUUGAGACGGAAAAAAAGAGAAUUCUUCGGGGAGAGAUGAGUUAUGAGCACCUAACGAAUACUUCAUUUCAUUUGUUUGUGCUCAAAGCGAGAAGGGAAACCCAGAAACUGAAUAACACAUUUCUUUGCUCUUUUGAGGUGAAAUGGCAGAGUGGGUACUAGGAACUGCAGUUUCUGAGGGCAAUCUCAUGGUAUCGGUGCGGUGUUGAGACAUAGCAUACUAGUCAUUUACUUGUAAAGAUGGGGACAUACUCUGGUGGAAACAAUGUAGUACCUGAAGCUAAUGCAGGGCCAUCGCUCUCACAUUUUUCCUGGUUUUAUCCUGGAAACUUGUAUUCUCCACUGAAGAGAAAUAAUAGCCCUUUGCAUGAAACUGAAAUAGAUGAGGAAACUGUUAUUUCUGUGGAUCCUAUUCGUUCUGUUGCUCCUACAGCCGAGACAACAAAGAACGUUGGGUCUGGAACUAAAAUCACCAAGGCUAAAAAACGAAAGUCUUCUAUGAAGAGUUCUAAUCAGAAACCAUCUAAUGUUUUGAAGCCGAAGCAACCCAAAAGGAGUUCUUCCAAAAAGACAAAGGCACAAAUUGCGCCUGAGGCAAAACGCGAGAAAAGUAAUUUCAACAUUGAUGUAGAAAGCUCACGCUGUGAUUUCUCUGGGGUGCCAUCCCCGUAUUGUUCCUGCACAGGUAUGGCUAGAGUCUGCUACAAAUGGGGUGCUGGUGGAUGGCAGUCGUCAUGUUGCACCAUUAACAUAUCUGAAUAUCCCCUUCCCAUGAAUUCCGAAAGGCCUGGGACUCGCUUGGCUGGUAGAAAGAUGAGCAAUGGAGCGUAUACUAAACUUCUACUUAGACUUGGAGCUGAAGGUCAUGAUCUUACUCACCCUGUGGACCUAAAACAUCACUGGGCUAGACAUGGUACUAACAAGUUUGUUACAAUCAAGUAGAGUUUUAGAGAAGUUAGCUCAAUAAGAAUUUAUCAGUUGCUCAUAUAUAUUAUGCAUAUCUUCCAUAUUUUCCUGAAAGAAAGUUGGCCAGACACGGUGCCAACAAUUUUGUUUGUAUAUAUAGUUAUGCCAGUCUUCCCCAGUCUGUAAAAUGCUACUCUGCUUCCAGAGUCCAUUACUUGAAAAUUGGCCAUUUGUAUGGUCAACAUCAUCGAUGCUUCUGAUACAGCAC